AUGGCAAGAACCAAGCAGACCGCUCGUAAGUCUACUGGAGGCAAAGCCCCGAGGAAGCAGCUGGCCACCAAGGCAGCCCGUAAGAGCGCCCCUGCCACCGGCGGCGUCAAGAAGCCUCAUCGCUACAGGCCCGGUACCGUGGCUCUGAGAGAGAUCCGUCGCUACCAGAAAUCCACCGAGCUGCUCAUCCGCAAGCUGCCCUUCCAGCGCCUGGUCCGAGAGAUCGCUCAGGAUUUCAAGACCGACCUGCGCUUCCAGAGCUCCGCCGUCAUGGCUCUGCAGGAGGCUAGCGAGGCUUACCUGGUCGGCCUCUUCGAGGACACCAACCUUAUCGACAUAACAACGAUGAGUGGUAGAGGAAAGGGAGGCAAAGGACUCGGUAAAGGAGGCGCCAAGCGUCACCGUAAAGUUCUCCGUGAUAACAUCCAGGGAAUCACCAAGCCCGCUAUCCGCCGUCUGGCUCGCCGUGGUGGCGUGAAGCGUAUCUCCGGUCUGAUCUACGAGGAGACCCGCGGUGUGCUCAAAGUUUUCCUGGAGAAUGUCAUCCGUGAUGCCGUCACCUACACCGAGCACGCCAAGAGGAAGACCGUCACCGCCAUGGAUGUGGUGUAUGCUCUGAAGAGACAGGGCCGCACUCUGUACGGCUUCGGCGGUUAG